UCCCUCUUGCUUUGUAAUUAUCGCAUUCUGCUCCUUCACUUCUAUAUAUUCCUUCUCCAUAUUCGAUUUCAUAAUGGCCGCGCUCAACGUGAGGUCCGUCAAAACCGUAGCGGAAAACCCAAACCUUACCCACAUUCCGCCCAUGUACGCCUUCCAGACUCUCUCCAGAUCCGUCGACCAGAAGAUUUCUGGUGAUGGAGCCGGGGAAGAUGAAGACCCGAUCCCCAUCAUUGAUUUAUCCCUUCUGACCUCGGGCGCUCAUGAUCAACGCUCGGCAGUCAUGCAAGACCUUGGAAACUCAUGCCAAGAAAAGGGCUACUUCAUGGUGAUCAACCAUGGGAUCGAUGAGGGCCUGAUGAACAAAAUGAUAGAUAGCUGCAGUCAGUUCUUCGAUCUGGAGCAGGAGGAGAAGAGGCAAUACGAAGGGAAGCACACAUUGGACCCGAUCAGUUAUGGCACCAGCGUAGAUGCUUCCGUCACGGAAGUUUUUUUCUGGAGGGAUUAUCUUAGGGUCUUAGUUCACCCAGAGUUUCACUCUCCAACCAAACCUUCAGGGUUCAGUGAAGUGCUAGCUGAGUUCACUAAAGCGGUCCGACGAGUGGUGAGGGAUCUACUUGGAGGAAUAUCGGAGAGCUUGGGGCUGGACUCUUGUUAUAUAGACAGAGCUAUGGAUCUUGAAUCGAGCCUACAGUUGUUCGGCGUAAAUCUAUACCCCCCUUGUCCACAGCCUGAGCUCGCGAUGGGCUUGCCUCCUCACACUGACCACGGCCUAUUAACUGUGCUCAUGCAGAAUGCGGUCAAUGGGCUUCAAGUUCAACACAAGGGCAAGUGGGUCGAUGCAAAUAUUAUUUCGGGUGCUUUGUUUGUCAACAUCGGAGAUCACCUUGAGGUUUUGACGAAUGGGAAGUACAAGAGCGUUGUUCACCGUGCAGUUGUGAACAACAAAUCUACAAGAAUUUCGAUCGCUAUGCCACACGGGCCAUCAUUGGACACGGUCGUUAGCCCUGCUGCCGAGCUGCUUGAGAAUGGAUGCCCCCGGGCAAAUUAUACAGGGAUGAAAUACAAGGAUUACCUCGAGAUUCAACAUAAGAGCAAGCUCCGUGGAAAAACCCGUCUAGAUCUUUUAAAGAUAUGACCUGAAUUAUCUUAAAGAGUUUUCUUUAUUUAGCUAAAGUAUGGACCCUGUCCUAUGAAGUGAUUAUAUUGUGGUCCUUUAGAUUUGCGAAAUUACUAAUGAGUUGAUGAUGCAUGCGAUGUAGAUUUCAAAAGUCGAACCGGAAUAUUAAGACUAAAUUUAUGAUAUCUUAGUUGGAAUUGUUGGUUGCCUUGAAAUAGGCUAUUUGUUAAUCUUAAUAUCGGGAGCCUUUCAUAUCA